CCUACCAUGCUGUUUAAACCGCGUCGCGGAAAGAUUUAACAGAUAGUUUAUUGCGAAUAUCAUACUGUGCAUUUCGCUAAUGACAAUGAUUUUUCUACGAAGGAGAGUCAAAUUGUGGACACCCGAUUCCCUCGUGUGGAUCGUUUGCGCUGCUUGCUUUCUGAAAGGGACUUUGCAUCGCUGUGUGGUUUAUCCUGAUUUAACUUAACAGAAAUCAGCUUACAUUACAUAUUUACUACAAAGAUUUUCUUGUUAUGACCUUUAUGAUUUUCUUUUUAUGAACUAAGCCUCAUAGCCAAUCUUGUUAUUUAAAAACAAUUUCAUGCUUGCACAUUUACUUCAGGUGAGCCAUUCCAAUCAUUUGAAUUCCGGACCCAACCGUAACUUGUCGAAGAAAUGAACCCACGCUCGUGGUUCUGCCUGUGUAUUAAUGGAUGAAGAUGAAGCAGAUGUAGACGUGGAAUUUGCAAGCGGCGGAGAUUUGGAGAAAGUAUCUAUAAGCCCAAGUUCCUGUACACCAACAAGCAAGGAGAACGGAAGCAUUAAAGAAACACCUAAAAGUUCAAAAAAGGUGGAAGAUUGGAUGUAUAGAUUUCAACUUCCAGCACAUAGAACAGCUUCAAGUGAUGAUGAAUUGUUGAAGUGCUUUCAGCCUCAAAUUGUGGCCAUUGGUGAACAAUUUGAUUUUGAUAAACUAAUUAUCAUCUAUGAGGGCAUUAUUCUAUGCAGCAAACCACAACAAAGCAUUGUAAAUAGAAUUGUGGCUUUGCUGUCAUCAUUUUAUAUAUUCAAUAUGUGGUUUAUAAAGACAGCAAAGCCAUAUUGUCUUUCCUAG